AUGGCUGAAAAAAGAAAAAUUGAAGAUGAAUCGCUUGCUCCAAGUAGUGAACAUGUAAAGAAAUCCGCUACUGAAAAAAGUGUCGGUGAGGAAGCUAUUCAAGAGAGGAUUGUGAUAUUAUUGGGGUAUUCAGGAUUCGGUUACCAUGGAAUUCAAAUCAAUGAGCCUUUAAAGACGGUUGAAGGAGACAUUGUGCAUGCUUUGCAAGAUUUGGGAUAUCUAGGAAAAGGCACAAUAGAUGAAAAUCAAUUUGUGAUUGCCAGAUCUGCAAGGACAGACAAAGGAGUCCACACUCUUGGAAACCUUGUUUCUUUAAAUGUGUUUAUCCAAGAUUCCGUAAAUCCAUCGAAAUUGCGCGAACAGCUGAAUGAAAAAUUGAGCAGACAAAUUCGCGUGUGGGAUGUAUUCAAAGUACAGAAGUACUUUAAUCCAAGAAUCUCUUGUGAAUCCCGUACGUAUGAGUAUCUGAUUCCGUCGUUUGCAUUGAUACCUCCAAAAGAUUCGACGCCAUUGUUCCGAAAAUCGCAAAAUAAUAUAAAAAGGGAGCCAGAAAAUGAAUUAGAUAAUCUAUUGUUGUCUUCUACCACCCAAACGAGACCAUUUUGGGACCAAGUGGAAAAUAGACGAAAAGAGCUUCAAAACGAAUUUGAAAAAGAUCCUGAAACAUUUACCAAUCCGUUUAUUGGAAUGUUUCCAGAAAAACCUAUUCCUGCACACAUAAAAAUCCCCAACGAAGCCAAACUGAAGAAGGCUCAAAAACUCGCCGACCAUUACUAUUGCAUGAACUACCGAGUUACUGAAGACCGCCUACAAUUACUUCAGGAAGUCCUUCAGCUAUAUUUAGGAAAGCACAACUUUCAUAACUUUACAAUCACUCAAGAUCCAAAGGCGCCUAGUAACUAUCGGAUUAUUGAAUCAAUCGAUUGCGGCAAACCAUUCGUCUAUGAGAAAUGGGAGUGGAUUCCAGUAACGAUUCGGGGAAAUUCCUUUAUGCUAAAUCAAAUUCGUAAAAUGAUGGCUCAUGCUCUAAUGGUUAUACGAAGUUGCGCAAGUUUAGACGUCCUUACAAAAUCUCUUUCACCCGACGUGUCUAUGAAUAUAAGCAAAAGUCCUGGACAUGUGUUGGUUUUGAAGGAUAUUAAUUAUUCCUCCUAUAACAAGUCCCUACAUGAUGAAAAUUAUUUCAAAAUAGAUCUUGUCAACUAUAAAGACCAAAUGGAAAAUCUCAAAAAGGAAGUCAUAUAUCCAGACAUUAUCCACUUGGAGAAGAAAGAAAAGAUGUUUUUUAGCUUCUUGGCUUAUGCUGAUCAGCAUACAAAAAAUCAGUUUGAUUAUUUAUUUCAAUAA